AUGCCAGGCGAAGAAUUUCCCCCCUUCGGCCCCCCAUCAGGAGGAGGGGGACGCAUCCCCUCCCCAACCAAAAACACCUUCAACCACCACCAUCGCCUCUCCCUCUCAACCUCCUCCUCCCCCUCUCCAUCACUAACCUCCGUCCCGAGAAUCACCUCCAACCCAACCUCCCCCAAUCUACAAAACGACCUCUGGCAGCAACAAUCCCAAUCCCGACCCCCUUCCACCUCCUUCUCGUCCUCCCGCCGACUGAGCACCACCCGCCGCCGAUCCAACCCCUACUCCUCCAACCCCCUCCUCGACACCCCCCAGUCCUUCCUCCAAAAAGCAACAACAACAGCAAUCACCCUCUCCCAAUCCACCCUCCGCCUCUUCCUCUCCCUCCCCCGAACCCAACAACUCCUCGUCCUCUUAGCCCUCUCAGUCCUUUUCUCCCUAGGAAUCCUCUUCCUAGUCUACUCCCACACAAUCUUCACCUCCCUCGCCCCCUUAGCCGCAUCCUGGAAACAAUCCUGGCUUUUCCUCAUCGUAAUAUUCCUCCUCACAUGCCUAACCGGCUUCCCCCCCAUAAUAGGCUACAGCACCUGCGUCACGAUCACCGGUUUUGUCUAUGGCUUCCCCCACGGCUGGCCCAUCGCCGCAACAGCAACGGUAGCCGGUUCGACUGCCGCUUUCGUCACCUCACGCGGCGUGUUAAAAGGCUAUGUCCACAACCUGGUAGGAAAAGACAAACGAUUCGUUGCGUUGGGGCAGGUGCUGAAAAAGGACGGGGUGGUGGUGCUGGCGAUGAUUAGGCUUUGUCCGUUGCCGUACUCGCUGUCGAAUGGGUUUUUGGCUACGGUUGGGGGUAUUAGUCCGGUUACUUUUGCUGGGGCUACUGCACUCACGACACCGAAAUUGCUAGUCCACAUUUUUAUCGGCAGUCGGCUUGCCUUGUUGGCCGAGUCGGGGGAUAAAAUGACGGGGUUUGACAAGUUUGUGAAUUAUGCUUCUAUGGCGGUGGGGGCGGCGGUGGGCAUGGGGGUUGCGUGGGCGGUUUAUAAGAAGACGAUGCAGAGGGCCGAGGAGCUUGCGGGAGAGGAUCUGGAGGGGGGGUUGCUGCCAGAAGCUGGAGAAGAAGAGGAAAGGUUGGUCGAUCCGGAUGAGAUGGAUGCUGCGGCGGUUGAUGUGCUGAUGGAUGAUGAUGAUAUUAGCUUGUGGGAUAAUGAUAGUUCGGGGAGGACGGGACAGGAGCAAGGGUAUAGGGAUGAUGUUUGGGAGGAUGCGCCUGAGUUGCCGAGGGGGUUUAAGUGAAGGAGGAGGGGUAUGUUCAAACAAACGAGGGGGCGGUGAUCAAAGGGAAGGGG